GCGGGAAUGAGCGUGUGCUGUGGGAGUCAGGGAGGCAGUCACAGGAAGGCAAAAGGCGGUCGGGAAUACGUUGUCCUUGAGGGGUUUCUGACUAGUAAUGGAAAAUACUGCAACAGUCCAGAAAUUCAGAAUAGAUUAACCACAGUUUAUUAUUGUUUAAACGUAGGCAUAGUUUGCUUGAGUAUCAAUGAGUUCAGCGGACGACAGUAGAGCAGGACACCGAAAUGGAGGGGCUUCGGUGAAAGGAUUCAUUCAGAAAGUCCGUUUUAGUCACCCGCCCUUAAAUGAUUCACUGGAGGAGGAAAUCCAGACCUUCCUCAUUGAUGAAGACCAGCUCCACACUUUUGAUGACCUCACCAAGGUCAACCCUGUGACCCCCACAACAGUAUUGAAAUGCCUGAAGGCCAGGUACAGUAUGAGGGUGUUUUACACCCACGCUGGCUGCACCCUGGUAGCUCUUAACCCCUUCCAGCCAAUCCCUGACCUUUAUUCUCUGGAUGUGAUGAAUGAGUAUCAUUGCGCCCCUCAGCCACAGGAGUUCAAGCCUCAUAUCUUCAUUGUGGCAGAAGAAGCUUACAGAAAUGUCCAAGGUCAGCUGGAGCCUGUUAACCAGUCUUUAGUUGUCAGUGGUGAGAGUGGUGCAGGAAAGACAUGGACAUCGCGUUGUCUGAUGAAAUACUACGCCACUGUGGCGGCUUCUUCCUCUGUGAUGAAGAGUCAGGACACAGUGGAGAGAAUAGAGAGGAGGGUGCUAGACUCCAACCCAAUAAUGGAAGCCUUCGGAAACGCCUGUACGUUACGGAACAACAACAGCAGCCGCUUUGGAAAGUACAUCCAACUUCAGCUGGACAGGUGUCAGCUGUUAGUGGGGGCAUCUGUGCAAACAUAUUUGUUGGAGAAGACCAGAGUGGCCUGUCAACCAGCUAAUGAGAGGAACUUCCACAUUUUUUACCAGAUGAUGAAAGGGGCCACAGAUGAGCAGAGGAAAGAAUGGAAGAUGCCGCAUGGUCAACAUUAUGCUUGGCUGCCAAAUACUGAAAAAAUUAUUGAAGAGGAUUGUUUUUACGAGACACUUGACGCAAUGGUUAAUCUGGGCAUUAACACAGAAAGACAGAGAGAAAUAUUCAGGAUAUUAGCAGGUAUUCUGCAGCUUGGGAAUGUGGAUUUUUCCACUUCAACAGAUGAGUCCAAACCCUGUAAUCUCAAAGAACAGUCUGAAGACUUUUUGCAGAGAGCUGCUGAGCUGCUGUGUGUUCCCUCUGAGGAGCUUCAGACUUGCUUAUGUGUGAGGACUUUGAAAGCUGGGAAGCAGAAUGUGCUGAAGCCCUGUAGCCAGACAGAGUGCAGCAUGAGGAGAGACUGUCUGGCCAAAGUCAUCUACGCACAAUUAUUUGAAUGGCUGGUUACGUUCAUCAACAACAGCAUGUGUGCGGAUAGUUCCACGUGGUACAACUUCAUAGGAGUCCUAGAUGUAUAUGGCUUUGAGUGUUUCCAGAUCAAUAACCUGGAGCAGCUUUGCAUCAACUAUGCCAAUGAAAAACUGCAACAGCACUUUGUUGCCCAUUAUCUCAGGGCUCAGCAGGAUGAAUAUGUGUCAGAAGGGCUACAGUGGUCAUUUGUUAAAUACCAAGACAAUCAGAGCUGUCUGGAUCUUAUCGAGGGAAGCCCUGUCAGUGUGUUUUCUCUGCUUAAUGAGGAGAGUCGUCUUAAUCGAGCAUCCGACGCAAAGACAUUCAGGGUUCGUUUGGAGAAGGAGCUUAGUGGUAACACUAACAUCAGCUGGGAUAAGUUCAGGCAGGUGCCACACUUCACUGUGGCCCAUUACGCUGGCAAGGUUGUCUACCAGAUCGAGGGGAUGGUGGAGAAAAAUAAGGACCCAGUGCCUCCAGAGCUCAUCAACCUGCUGCAGAAAUCAAAUAACCCCCUGCUUCACCAGCUUUUUAAUGACAAGACAACCCAGAACCCUGCUGCAAAGGGGCUCAGCAAAAUCACUGUGGUCUCUAAAUUUAAGAACUCGCUGGAGAGUCUGAUGAGGAUCCUUCACAGCACAACUCCUCACUACACUCGCUGCAUCAAACCCAACCCAGACUGCAAACCGCUGACCUUCACAAAGGAGGAGGUCAUUGUACAGUUGGAGGCCUGUGGGAUUGUGGAGACCAUACACAUUAGUGCUGCUGGCUUUCCAAUAAGAAUUCCUUUCAAGAGCUUCAUGCAACGUUAUGGGCUUAUUACAAAAUAUUCAAGGUUCAAAUCUGAGGGUGUUUGUGUAGAUUUGGAGGCUGACAGCAACAUUCUUCGUCAGGAAGUGGAGAAGCUACUUCAGGCUUUGGACUCAUCAAACUGCCUUGAAAGUCAAAAACACAACUCAUUUGUGCAUUGUGGAAGGACUAAAGUUUUUCUCACUCAGUCAAUGCUAGAUAUGCUGGAGGAUCACAGGAAGAAGAUUCUGUCACAGUGUGCCUUCUCUAUUCAGUGCUGCUGGCUGCGUUACCAGCGCCGCAGACGCCACGCCCGUCGACAGUCUGCUACUCUGAUCCAAGCAGCUGUGCGGGCCUGGCUGGUCAGGAAGCAGGUCCAAAGAUGGAACAGAGCGGCUGCUGUUAUCCAGAACACCUGGAGGAAGUGGAAGGCUCUGUUGAAAUCCGUGGCUGAGGCAGAACUUGAUGAUGCUAAGGACUUUGUGCAGGAGGACUUGCCAGCACUGAACCCCGUUAUCAGAGAACGGGGCUCGGUGCAACUCUCCAACAUCCCAGAGCCAGUAACAGUGAGAGGUUGGCCUAUGGGUCUGGCUCUGGCCUCAGCCCCCUCAAUCACCAUGUCUCUGACUGCCACGGGUUUUCAGAAGAUGAUGUCUGUAAUGGCAUCACUCAACCUGCCAUCCAGGAGAGGGGAGUACAAGGUGACCACCAACCAAUACACACAGGAGCUUGCCUCCAUUCGGGCUCAACCCAAGAGAUCUAUAAAGCUGCACUGUCAGCGAUCCCCUCUUCUCUACGCUGACAGGCAACCGGACCUGAAGUGUGAUGUGACAGGAUUCAAUGAGAUCCUGCUGGAGAAAACAUUGUGAGAGUAACUGUAAUUGAACACCAAGGGCAGAUUCCAGUGACAGAUGGGGGAUAAUACAGCAGUAAAAUGUGUGUCUUCCAUACUGACACAGAGUUAAACAAGCUCAGUAUGUGAUGUAGUCACUUCACAUUUUUUGUUUCUACCAGAUUAUUUUAGUUUUUUAUUCUAAUAGGAGGUCAAUCAGGUGAGCUAAGCAUUUGAGCUUAUUAGCAAAAAUAAUAUUUAUGAUCUUUAACAUAAGUAAAAGCUCAGAAAUUCAAAAGUUGGCAGUCCAGAAACAUCCUCAUCCCCACAUACAGAUAAAUAUAUUCUAUAAUAGAUGCAGUUAUUAAUGUCAUUGCAGGAUCUCUCUUAUUAAGGAUGCAUUUUUAUCCCAAAGUGGUGCCUGUUGACAAGUGCCUUGCUAUAAAUUAACACUGUUAUUAUGUGUUUAUAUAAGAUGGUAAUUUAAAAGUGUUUUUAAUGACAUAUUUUGGGAGGUUCAUCUGGACAGAUGCAGAAUAGCAAAUGCCUGUUUCCUGCAUUUGUGUGUGGUUAAUGCAGGGAGAAUGGUAAUAAAGCAAGUAUUGCACACGUAAAGCACAUAUUGCACAUUUACCCCCCACAAACUACAAUACACAAUACUGUAACAGGACGACAAGAAAUAACACAAGCAAACCGCUGCUCCGUGUCUCUGUGAUCUUCACCAUUAUAAAGAUUUUAUUAGAAGUAGUUAAAAGUACUGUAUAAACCAAUGUUUUGUAAACUGUGGUGUUUGUAUGGGAAAACAAUGUAUUUCUUAUAGUCAGCUCUAACACUAAAGAUAUCUUUGACUAAAAAUUAAAUAAUACUUUACUUCACACUGAUCCAACA